CCACAGAUAAAAGCCCAAUCAAACAGGAGAGACCAGCCUCCCCUGUGCCCAGCGGUCUGUCCAUGAAGAGUGACCGGUCUAUGGGUACACCUAUACGGUUUAGAGAGGGAGACUUUUCUACUGAACAAAGAAACCAACAGGAGAGAUCAGAGUCAGAGAUUCUCAGUGGUCAGUCUUCCCAGAGUCAGCAAACAGACCUGAAACAACACCGAGUGACCUCAUCAAGUACAGUACCAGCAGGGAUGUGUUGUGAUGAACUUGCUGUGAUUUGCCAACGUGAACUCAAAUCUAAUCUGAAGAAGAAGUUUCGAUGUGUAUUUGAGGGGAUCGCUAUACAAGGAAACCCAACACUUCUCAAUAAGAUCUACACAGAGCUCUACAUCACAGAGGGUGGAACAGGAGAGGUCAAUAAUGAACAUGAGCUGAGACAGAUUGAGACAACAACCAGGAAACAAGCAAGACCAGAGACUGCAAUCAAAUGUAAUGACAUCUUCAAGCCCUUAACUGGACAAGACAAACUUAUCAGAACUGUGCUGACAAAGGGAGUCGCUGGCAUUGGAAAAACAGUCUCUGUGCAGAAGUUCAUUCUGGACUGGGCUGAAGGAAAAGCAAAUCAGGAUGUCCAAUUUGUAUUUUCAUUCCCUUUUCGGGAGCUGAAUUUGAUGAAAGAGAAAAAACACACUUUGAUUGAACUUCUCAAUCACUUCUCAAUGGAAACCAAAGAAUCAAGAAUCUCCAACUACGACAAGUACAAAGUUCUGUUCAUCUUUGAUGGUCUGGAUGAGUGCCGACUGCCCCUAGACUUCCAGAACAACAAAAUCUGUUGUGACGUCACAGAGUCAACCUCAGUGGAUGUUCUGCUGACAAAUCUCAUCAAGGGAAAUCUGCUUCCCUCUGCUCUCCUCUGGAUAACUACCCGACCUGCAGCAGCCAAUCAGAUCCCUUCAGGUUGUGUUGACCAGGUGACAGAGGUACGAGGGUUCAAUGACCCACAGAAGGAGGAGUACUUCAGGAAGAGGUUCAGUGAUGAGGCCCUGGCCAGCAGAAUCAUCUCACACAUAAAGACAUCAAGGAGCCUCCACAUCAUGUGCCACAUUCCAGUCUUCUGUUGGAUUUCUGCAACAGUCCUUGAAGACAUGCUGAAACAUAAGAGAGAAGAGAUGCCCAAGACUCUGACUGAGAUGUACACACACCUUGUGGUGUUUCAUACCAAACAGAAGAAUGAAAAGUAUCUUGGGAAAGAAGAGACAGGUCCAGACUGGAAUAAAGAGAGCAUUCUGUCACUGGGAAAACUGGCUUUUCAACAGCUUGUGAACGGCAAUCUGAUUUUCUAUGAAGAAGACCUGAAAGAGGCUGGAAUUGAUGUCAAUGAAGCCUCAGUGUACUCAGGAUUGUGCACGCAGAUCUUUAAAGAGGAAUGUGGGCUGUACCAGGACAAGGUGUACUGCUUCGUGCAUCUGAGCAUUCAGGAGUUUCUGGCUGCUGUAUAUGUGUUCCUCUCAUUCAUCAACAACAAUGAAAAUCUAAUGGCCGAACCUCAAACAACGUCCAGUAACGAUUUUCUACUGAAGACAGAAGUUACUGUCUACAAGAGUGCUGUGGAUGAAGCCUUACAAAGUGAGACAGGAAACCUGGACCUUUUCCUCCGCUUCCUUCUGGGCCUCUCACUGGAGUCCAAUCAGAAGUACUUACGAGGUCUGCUGACAAAGACAAGAAGCAGCUCACGGAGCCAUGAAGAAACAGUCAAGUACAUCAAGGAGAAGAUCAGGGAGAAUCCCUCUCCAGAGAGGUGCAUCAAUCUGUUCCACUGUCUGAAUGAACUGAAUGACCAUUCUCUAGUGGAGGAGAUCCAAAGCUACCUGAGAUCAGGAAGUGUCUCCAGUGAUGAACUCUCACCUGCACAGUGGUCAGCUCUGGUCUUUGUGUUGCUGACUUCAGAAAAGGAGCUGGAUGUGUUUGACCUGAAGAAAUACUCCAGAUCAGAGGAAGGUCUUCUGAGGCUGCUGCCAGUGGUCAAAGCCUCCAGAGUUUCUCUGCUGUCAGGCUGUGGAGUCACAGAGGAAGGCUGUGCUUCUCUGGUCUCAGCUCUGGAGUCAAAUCCCUCACACCCAAGAGAGCUGGAUCUGAGUAACAAUGACCUGAAGGAUUCAGGAGUGAAGCUGCUCUCUGCUGGACUGGGGAAUCCCCACUGUAAACUGGAGACUCUGAGGCUGUCAGGCUGUCUAGUCACAGAGGAAGGCUGUGCUUCUCUGGUCUCAGCUCUGAAGUCAAACCCCUCACACCUGAGAGAGCUGGACCUGAGUAACAAUGACCUGAAGGAUUCAGGAGUGAAGCUGCUCUCUGCUGGACUGGGGAAUCCCCACUGUGAACUGGAGACUCUGAGGCUGUCAGGCUGUCUAGUCACAGAGGAAGGCUGUGCUUCUCUGGUCUCAGCUCUGAGGUCAAACCCCUCACACCUGAGAGAGCUGGAUCUGAGCUACAAUCACCCAGGAGACUCAGGAGUCAGACUGCUCUCUGCUGGACUGGAGGAUCCACACUGCAGACUGGAGAAACUCAAUGUGGAACAUGGUGGAGAGUACGCAAUGAAACCUGGCCUUAGAAAAUAUGCAUGUGAUCUCACACUGGACCCAAACACAGUAAACAGACUCCUCUCUCUGUCUGAGGAGAACAGAAAGGUGACGGGGAGACAGGAUCAGCCAUAUCCUGAUCACCCAGAGAGAUUUGGCUACAGGAAGCAGGUGCUGUGUAGAGAGGGUCUGACUGGGCGCUGUUACUGGGAGGUAGAGUGGAGUGGGAGAAGGGCUGUUAUAGGAGUGACAUAUAAAGGAAUCAGCAGGAGAGGAGAGGGUGAGGACAGUCUGAUUGGAUGGAAUGACAAGUCCUGGAGUCUGGUCUGCUCUGACAACCUUUACACUGCCUGGCACAAUACUAAUUCCACUACCAUAGCCGUCCCCCCCUCCAGCUCCCACAGAGUAGGAGUGUAUCUGGACUGGCCAGCCGGCACUCUGUCCUUCUACAGAGUCUCCUCUGACACACUGACCCACCUGUACACAUAUCAAACCACAUUCACUGAGACCCUCUAUCCAGGGUUUCUGGUUUAUGACUCCUCAGUGUCCCUGUGUCAGGUGGUCCCUGUGUCAAACACAACAUGAUGUUUCACUCUAAUCCUGGUCAUGUUCAGGUAGGCACACUGGAGCAACAAUGUAGAAUAGCUCUCUAGUGUGUAAACAUGUGAUUGUAAAUAUUCAUGAAUAAACACCAUUGACGUUGUGAAACACAACUUGGACCUGCUGACGUCUGAGCGCGACAUAUGUUUGUUGUUGGAAGCUGAAAGCUGAACGAGAGGUCUAUUGUUUUUGUAAAGCUGACCGUGUUUUUAUAUUAUUUUAUGAUCCUGCAGCACUGUUGGGCUUAGCUUCUGUUAGUGCUGCUGUCUGUCCCGGGAUCCUGCAGCACUGUU